GAUAUUAGAGAUCUAAGCCGCGAUGUUGGGCAUUUUACGGCACAAAGCUGCUUCCGGCGCAUCAUCUGCUUCGAGUUUAGGGAAAUCGUUGCGUGCAAUUCAACCUGGAUUAUUGAGUCCCAAAGCAUGCUCAAUUGUUGCUGAAGAGAUCUUGAUUCACCCAAGAGGAUGUGUUCAGGCUCAAAAUUUCUGCCACCAUGUCUUACCCGGGCACUCAAUGAAUUUGAGAGCACAAAGCAGAGUUGCACCUAAUUUUCAUCCAUGUAAACUACAGAAUUUCAGCAGGGAAUAUUGUUCAAGUGGUGGUGAUCUGGUUGAUGCUGUUGUUCCAUUUAUGGGUGAAUCCAUUAGUGAUGGCACACUAGCUACAUUCCUGAAGAAACCUGGUGAUAGAGUAGAAGUUGAUGAGCCUAUUGCUCAGGUUGAAACGGAUAAAGUCACAAUUGAUGUUACUAGUCCUGAAGCUGGUGUAAUACAGGAGUUUGUAGCCAAGGAAGGGCAAACUGUAGAACCAGGUACCAAGGUUGCAAUCAUUUCAAAAUCUGCUGAAGGUGUGGAUCAUGUUGCUCCAUCUGAGAAGCCAUCAGGAAAAGAUACCCCACCCCCAUCUUCUUCAGUUGUUGAACAGAAAGAGAAAACAAAGCCAAAAGUUGAAGCUUCUCCUGUCAAGGAAACACCUAAGGAAACUAAAGCUCCUCCCCCUAAAGUCUCUGCUUCUGAACCUCAGCUUCCUCCGAAGGAUAGAGAAAGACGAGUUCCUAUGACCAGGCUCAGGAAAAGAGUCGCUACUCGUUUGAAAGACUCACAAAACACAUUUGCAUUGUUGACAACUUUCAAUGAAGUUGACAUGACAAAUUUGAUGAAACUCCGUUCUGAUUACAAGGAUGCUUUUGUUGAAAAGCAUGGGGUAAAGCUAGGUCUUAUGUCUGGAUUUAUAAAGGCUGCGGUUAGUGCACUACAGAACCAGCCUAUAGUUAAUGCGGUUAUUGACGGUGAUGACAUCAUAUAUAGAGACUACAUAGACAUCAGUAUAGCUGUUGGCACCCCAAAGGGCCUUGUUGUUCCAGUUAUCCGUGAAGCUGGCAAGAUGAAUUUUGCUGAGAUUGAGAAGACAAUUAAUGCACUGGCUAAAAAGGCUAAUGCAGGAACUAUAUCAAUUGAUGAGAUGGCUGGUGGGUCUUUCACAAUAUCAAAUGGUGGUGUUUAUGGAAGUCUUCUGAGUACCCCCAUCAUCAACCCUCCUCAGUCUGCCAUCCUGGGUAUGCACUCGAUUGUGAACCGUCCAAUGGUUGUUGGGGGCAACAUUGUUUCUAGACCGAUGAUGUACAUUGCCUUGACGUACGAUCAUAGGCUGAUUGAUGGGAGAGAGGCAGUGUUCUUUUUGAGGAGGAUAAAAGAUGUGGUUGAAGACCCCCGUCGCUUGCUACUUGAUAUAUGAUAUCAAUGCUUGGUUUGAUUUGGUUUGGUAUUCAUACUUUCGCCAUGUUCCCGAGUUGACUUCCUCAAAUAUUGAGCAAGAAGAAUGAAUGUACUGAUCCCAAAAUUUUUUAGGGUUUCCAUAUUGCUAUAAAAAAUAUCAGCUGCUGUUACCACAAAUUUGUACUUCCCAAUGUUCUAAAAGGCGCUAGGCGCUAGUCGGGCGCUAGCCCAGCGCCUAGCGCCUAGGCAGGCGCCUAGUCGAGGACUAGUCGGAGACAUAGAAAUUGCAUUUUAUCUAUAUUUUUGCAUAAAUAUGAUAAGUAAUAUUGUAUUUUUGUGUGAAUGAAAUACACACACACAUACACACAUAUAUACAUUAACAAACAUGAAUGAUAAAAUUAUCACAUUUAAU